UGCAAUCGCAGUCGGGAAAUACCAGGCGGGGAAUAAGAAAAGUAGCACCAUGCGAGAAGUCACCGCGUGAUAUUUGUCAGCUUUAACAAUAUCUAAAAGUAAGGGGUGCUAAAACAAAACAAGACGGACUUAUCAUUAACCGUUAUUCGGAAAAAAACGGCUUUUUCUUUGCUUUUGAGUAACGGCAAGACCGCGGACUUGGCCCUCACGCGGGCAUCUUUCAAAGCUAACUAGCGUGUUAGCUAAGAUGCUGGGCUGACUGUCUUCAUGAGUGGCUUGAGUCCAGUCGCCAGUUGGUAUUAAAUGUGUGCCUCUUGAGACAAAAUGUCCGGCUUUAACUUUGGAUCAGGGACUCUUGGAGCCACCAGCACCGGUGGGGGAUUCUCAUUUGGGGGCGCAGCCAGUGCGCCUGCAGCCAACACUGGUGGCUUCUCUAUCGGGACUGCUCUAGGCACAGCAGCUGCAACCCCUGCUGCCGCCGCCACCACCAGCACCACCCCGUCUCUCGGUUUAGGAGGCAGUCUUUUUGGUCAGAAACCUACUACAGGAUUCUCUUUUAACACACCUGCCUCAAGCGCUGCUGCACCCACUACAGGCCUUACAUUAGGUGCCCCAGCUUCUACAGCUGCGUCCACUGGAUUCAGCUUGGCCUUCAAUAAGCCCACCGCCUCAGCAACACCCUUUUCCCUCACCACAGCUUCCACCUCCUCAUCAGCCCCUGCAGGGUUAUCAUUUGGCUCUGUCCUGACGUCCACAGCUCCACAGCAGCCUGCAGCAGCAGGCUUCACCCUCGGUCUUGGUAGCUCAACAGCCACCACAGCUGCCUCAACAGGCCCAUCACUGGGUGCAAGUUGCUUCUCCAACACUUUGUCUACAGGUUUGGGUCAGACCACUCUUGGAGGCGGAGGCGGGUUAACGUUGGGUUCUCUUUUAGCUACCUCCACAGCAACAUCAGCGGCACCUGCCCCCAGUAUCGGCCUGGGCGGUGUCGACUUCAGCACUUCCUCUGAGAGCAAGAGCGACACAUCAUCUGGAGCCACUGCACAGGACAGUAAAGCUUUGAAAGAUGAGAACCUGCCCCCAGUUAUUUGUCAGGAUGUCGAGAAUUUCCAAAAAUUUGUUAAAGACCAGAAACAGGUUCAAGAGGACAUCAGUAGGAUGUCAUCAAAGGCUAUUUCUAAAGUCCAGGAUGACAUCAAGAGCCUCAAACAGCUUCUCUCGGUCAGUGCCAGCGGGCUGCAGCGCCAAGCUCUCGCCAUCGACAAGCUAAAGCUGGAGACAGCACAGGAGCUGAAAAAUGCUGACAUAGCACUGCGUACACAAAAGACUCCCCCUGGACUUCAGCAUGAGAACACAGCUCCAUCAGAUUAUUUCCGUAGCCUGGUAGAGCAGUUUGAGGUGCAGCUGCAGCAGUACCGACAGCAGAUAGAAGAACUGGAGAACCACCUGACGACGCAGAGCAGUGGCUCCCACAUCACUCCUCAGGACCUGACCAUGGCCAUGCAGAAGUUGUACCAGACGUUUGUUGCGCAGGCUGCCCAGCUCCAGUCUGUCCAUGAGAAUGUCAAGAUUUUGAAGCACCAGUACCUCUCCUACCGCCGGGCCUUCCUGGAAGACUCUACAGACGUCUUUGAGUCCAAACGGGCGUCGAACAGGAAGUGGCAGAAUACGCCGCGAGUCACGACCGGACCCGCCCCGUUUUCCAGUGUGCCCAACGCUGCAGCGGUUGCCAUGGCAGCCACGUUGACCCAGCAACAGCAGCCAACUCCAGGGACCCAGGCACCCUUGGGGGCAGGGUUUGGAAACCCCUUUGCCUCGGCAGUGGGCACUAGCUUGGGCUCUUCUACCCUUGGAGGUUUUGGUGGUGGGCCAGGAUUUGGUGGGGUGGGAACUGGGGGGUCUUCUUUUGCCUUCUCAUCCGCCAGUAAGCCCACAGGAGGCAGUCUGAGUGCAGGUUUCGGUAGCAGCAGCAGCUCAGGCUUUAACUUCAGUAACCCCGGCCUCAACCCCUCAGCCGGCCUGACAUUUGGCGUGUCUAACCCAGCUGCGGCAAGCUUUGGCACGGCGCCCCUUCUCCAGCUCAAGAAACCCCCUGCUGGUAAUAAAAGGGGCAAGAGAUAGAAGAGAGGAGAAACAGAGCCCUGUGACUGACCAGCUGACCGGCUUGGGGUUUGUAGUGGGUAAGGCCUGGUCUCCCAAAAGCAUAUAAGUGCUAUGAUAAUCAUUAUUGAACUACAUAAGAAACUCAUUGGGGCUUGGAUUGAACCCACUGUAGCACAGCAACAAAGGAUCAUCCAUUUAAAAUCACAUGGAGGCAUAUACAACAUUGGCAGACAAGCAUUAUCUUUCUAUCAUACAUUGGUCUGUAUUUUUACUGUCUUACACUGAUUUGAUGAAAUUAAUUGAUUCCAAAUUGCCUCCUAUAUUUCCACUAAUAUUGCCUGUCAGCUUAAAAUAACACUUAACAUAAUUUUGGCCUUAUUAAUACUUGGGAACUCCUAAUCAAUGCAGUAGACAUGGGAGUGUAUGGGAAGGUUAAAAGUGAUGUUUGGAUAAUGUUAAACAUGAGUUGCUUGCAUUGACUCAAAAUGCUGCCUGCACACUAUAAUCCGUAGCGCUACAAUGCUUUUGGGAAUGCCAGCCACGGACAGAGCUGGGUCAAUAACAAAUCGUUCACUUAUCUGUGAGGAAUUGCUUUCGUCUGAAUAUUGUACACGAUCGAUGUGUUUUUGUGCUCUGAGGUGGAGAGUGCAGUCGGCACCAUUGUGGUGCACAGUCGCCCAGCUGCACUCGAACGCCUCUCAAAUGAUGACUUGGCUCAAGUCUCGUCCAGGGAGCGGUGAGAUAAGGGAAAGGAGCUUAGGAGGCAACAGUUGGUCUGAACAGUGUAGUCCCUGCCUGGAGGUGUCAGCGAGGAGUGUUAUCUGAUCCUAGAUAGUUUUAUAGGCACAUGAGUGUCCAGGGUGGGUUUUUGGGGGAAGCACAGUUUUAUUUUUAUAUCAAGCAGAGAGGAAGAUGAAACUCGGGAGGGGUAAAAAUGGGACUAGCACCAUGGGAUAGUCCAUCAUCUAGUCCACAUAACCUGUGUUGUUUUUGCUAGAGUCCAUCCUUAUCAUUGUUUAAUAAUUACUUUUUAGACUUAUUUAGUUUGCCCCAUUGUAAGAACUCGGGAGCAGAAACACUGUGCUGUUUGUUUCACAUUGCUCCCGUUAAAUGUAAGUGGAAUCUGAAAGGGACUUCACGAGCAGAUUCUACCUACGCAACUUAUACAUGUGCUAUAAUAAAUUUGCACUUGCCAGUGUAUCUGACCUGACAGUGAUUGUGUGAAUGUGCAUGUGUGCUUAUUGCACAAGUAUGAAUUUGUCUCUCUUGUCCAUCAUAGUCGCUGACUUAUUUUGAGUGUCAGGUGUGACUGGGGCAAUAUUCUGCUUUUUUUUUUUUUAAAAAAAAAAUGUCCAUGUCAGUGCAGUUACCAAAUACUGGUAACUGUACGAUUAUUUUCUAAUCACAGUGUAUGUGUAAACCUGUAUUUUCAAGAAGCUGUUUAAUAAUAAAAUCUCCAACAUGAUGUAUGCCUGUCUGUGGCAUCACUUCAAUAAAUGUGUGUACUGACACAGAA